GUUCAGUCUCCGACCUGUCCUCCCAGCGACUUCUACCGAAACCGCAAACGCGGAACACGUGCAAGAUGGAGAGCUGACUGCGGGGUCGCGCACGAACGGCUCGAAAUAUAAUCGCGGGCAUACCAUCGGCGGAGGCUGGGCCUCUUCACAAGUCAUGAAGGUGACUUUGCGAGCAAUGGUGCACUCUGGAACACAGCGACAGUUCCGAAGACGAUACGUCUUUUGCUCAGGUACUUGAGAAUGAGCUUGGCUACGUUGGAAUCGUCGAUGCGUCGCAUGUCAGGGCAGCGCCCGAGCUCGAUGCAGUCUCGGACCAGAUCUUAGGUCUCGUCGUCGCUGCAGCCUCCCCUAAAAUAAAUGCCCUCGAUCCAGAAGUCGUUUCCGCCGGUGUAUAGCUCCCAGAUGGUCAUCGCGAGCGAGUGGUAGUCCUCUUCAACGGUCGGGGGCAUCUCCACCACCGCCCGGAACCGCAUCGCCGUCUCGUAGGACAUCGUGGGCCCCGCCGUCAGGUGUUCGUCCCCAGCAAAGCACGAGUUGCCA